UGAGAGAGACAUACGUCCAGCAGCAGAUUCCAUCCGCCAAUCAACUCUUUUCUCUAUCUUUUGUUUUAGAUUUCAUUCAUCCAAUUCCAUAAAAACCAAAAGAAUCAUAUCUUGUUCUGUUCUUGUUCCUAUUGAAAACUCACUAAAGGUUCCUAUAUGUUUCAGGAUCGAACACAAGCAAGAGACGAGCCGGCCGGUACCAUCCAUCCGAGGCAAGGUUGAACCGCGGAACGGCCAUCCGUCCGUCCGUCCGUCCAUCCGUUCGACCCUCUGACCCGUGCCUACAACAGUCAGAGACGUUAUUACAAUGCACCAGCAUCCAUCAGAUUUUUCAGAAUCAAACAAGACCAUACUUGCCUUUUUGGAGUCAAAAGCCAUCAAUUCUCAACAGCUCUUUUACCAUCAUGAUUGGCACGACUUCUAUACAUAUUUCUUCAGUAAAGAAGUUCCCAAGAAGCUCACUUACAGCCUCAAACCGUCCAGAUACAAAACCAGAAUCAAAUCCCUUGAAGAAAGCCAUUGGAACCAAAACAUUCUCCUAACGGCUAGUUUAUCGGUUUCCUUGUUUAGUUUUUGUUUCCUUUCUUUUUUUGUGACCGUUUGGUCUCUGUAUGAGGUCAUGCUCUAUAUAAGCAGACCCAUUUGUAUACUUUAGAUUCACCUUUCAAUCCUUAAGAAAUAAUAUUCAGUUUGUUUAUUUUUAUCAAAGAGAGUCUUUGAAUAGAAAUCUGUCUUUAGGAUACUUGAGUGAUUCUUGUGUUCUAUUGAUUCGUCUAGCAUAGGUUGUUUGAGUUAUUCAACAGCCAGUGUUAUUCCAGAUUGAGAGAGUCAAUCAAACCCGCGGAUUGAGAGAGUCAAUCAUCUUCUAUCCAACAUCAUCUAUCCAUCUUCCAUCUUCAAACAACUAUUCAUCAAUCUUUCCAUCCCUUUAUCUUUUCAGUUUCUGUUCUUAUUUUAAUUAUUCAUAAACUCAUUGUUCUUCAUUGUUUCCAGGUUUGAUUGGAUUAAAAGGAACAGCAAGUCGUCCAUCUUCACCAUCUUUCCAUCCGGUCUUCAUCCUUACCGAUAAGAUCAACCCAUCGCCCAUCCAUCUCAUCGACCUAGCUUCCCAGCCUGCAACAUUUGGUAUCAGAGCUUAAAGCUCCUAUAUCAGGUGAUAUCAAUCCAUAUCUAUCUUUGUUCUUUUCAUUCCUUGCUAGUUUUCAUUUAUAAAAAAAAAAAAAAAACCAUAAAAAUUGUUAUUUGCUUCAAGUUUGAAUUUCUGCAUUUUGUGUUCUUGAGAAAAGAAAAUUAAAAAGAGAAAGAGUUUUGUUAGUUUGAUCCACGAAAUUCCUUUAACAUAUUAGUCUAGUUUUUUUGCAUUCAUUUCCCCCAGCUCCCCUUUCCAUAUUUAAUUUUGCAUACCAUAAAAUCUCACAUUUUGAAUUUUUCUCAUUUAUGUUGCAUCAUUUAAAAAAAAAAAAAGAAAUCUCAUAUAUUGUUUCAUGCCUAUUUCGUGCAUACCAUAUAGUAGUUAUAUUGUGCAUUUAAAUAUAUAUAUAUAUAAAAAAAACCAUUUAGUCAUUUUUUGCAUUAGUUCAUUUCCUAGUUUCCUUUUUCGAUUUAUUUGCAUUAAAAAAAAGUGUUAUGUGUUUCCAUUAAUCUGAAAACCAAAAUAAAAACUUGUUUCUUUGUUUAUUUUAAAUAUAUUUCGUGCUGCUUCUGAUAUAUAUUAAAAAAAAAAAAAAGAAGAAGGAAUUUUCCAUUCUUGUUUUCAAACUUUUCAAAAAAAAAAAAAAAAUUAAUAAGUUUCCAUUUUGCUCAUUAUUCUUUCCUUUGUUUGUCUAGCCACGAAUUGAUUCUUCUUUUAUCUGUUUGUGCAAGGUAAACAUUAAGAAAAGACAGAAGAGACGCCAUGGAGUAUUACUCAGAAGAAGAAGACUUUUUUGAUUCAAGCCAAUGUUCCGAUAUCGACGAAACCGACCAAGCAUGGUCCAGUAAGGAGGAUGGCUUUGAAAGAUCGUGUUCUGCUGAUGAAUACUCUAGUUCAGAGUAUGGAGACGACCCUGGUGAAGAAAGUCCUGAACCUAAACCACCAGACCACUCUCAAGGCAACACAAGAUUUUACAAGAAAGGAGGUUGCCGAGAAAACAAAUCAUGGAGCAUUGACACUUAUUCUGAAAUCAGUAUGGGAGAGGAAGAUGAAUGUGAUCCACAUCCUACCCAGGCUUACAAUCCUCUUAAGAAAUCACUGACGCCAGCCAGCUAUGGAGUUACUCCAUACAAAGUACCUGGCCGAUCCAAAUCCACCACAGCACAAUCAACACCAGCUGCCACAAAGAAGCAAUCCAGAACAGAACGUGGGAACACACCUGAUUAUCUAGUCUUUUCAGGUUCUAGCAUGGACCCUGGAGUCUAUUUAAGAUGGGAGGAUGAUAUGAAGCAGUGGCUGCGAGCAAAGAACAUCCCAAAGGAAGAUAAGCUAUCAUAUGCCCUUGAUAUGCUUAUUGGAAAAGCUUACACUUGGUGGGAACAAGAAGAUGCCCAGACCUACUACUCUAAUCCAGUACUCAAUUGGGGAGAUCUUAAGGCACGCAUGUAUAAGGAGUUUGUAAGGAAGCUCAGGGCCAGCAACAAAGUUCUCACAAGGCCUAUGUACCAAGAAAAUCGGUGGAGUUCAAUGUCAACACCAAAGGCAAGACCAGCUGCUGAUAAGAGUCACGCCCACUGUCCUGAUCCAAGGAAGUCAUUGUCCACUUCAAAGAAGGCAGAGGAGGUUGAGAAACUUUCUCCAGCCAAGAAGUAUCAAGGCUGGACAAGCACCACAUCAAAGCACCAUCACCAAGCAACAUCAAGGAAAGAGGUGUCUAGCUUAAAACCAGAAUCUGCUUCUAUGCCUAUGAGUGCUCACGGCCUUAAGCCCAAGAAGGUGACAUCAAGUGUCCCUACACUUCACAAAGGAGCUAUGAGGUCGUCCCAAACAGAGAAGUUUCAAGAGAGACCAAUCCCUACACUUUUGAUGGAAUCACAAGGGAUACAAGAAGUAUGUCAAAGGUCCAAAGAAACUUCCAACCAACAAGAGAACAUAAGAAGCCAAGGUAAGUCCUCUAACUCUAAAAAUUUAAAAGAUCAGACAUGUUACAGAUGUCAUAGACGUGGACACUUUGCUGCUGUUUGUCCAUCUAAGAAAUUGAAAGAAACAUCACUAGGAGAGAAAACUGAAAUAUCAAAAAUAAGUGAUAGUUUAAUUCAGUCUGAUUUGUUGGUUUCCAAUGCUUGUAUAAUGCACUUGUCUAUGCCAAAAGGUGUUAAUACAGGUCCUAAGGAGCAUGAGUCCAUUGAAGAAGAACCACCAGGAGAAAUUAUUGAGAUGGACCCGAAUAAAGCUCAAGAAGUAAGGAAACACAUGUUCCUUAAGGAGAUCAAUUCCGAGGCAUCCAUACUGCCCAAUCCGACCAGCACUACACCAGAUAUGAUCCAACAUAAAGAUAUAAUUAGUAAAGCUAAUUUGUGUGUUCAUGGUACAGGAAGCCCAAGUUUGGAACAUAGGAUCCAAAAGAGUAAUGGGGAUAAUAUUUCCAACAAAUGGAGGCAGAAUCCAAGCCAAAGUUAUACAAGAAAGAGUGAACCACAAGAAAGUGAGGCCACGACUGAAUGUACCAGAGUUUCUGAGGCCACUCCAAGAGAAGUCCAAGGUCAUGAGAUCAUUCCUGAGCCACUCCACAAUUGGAAGAUAAAACCAGAACCAUUGAUUUUUCUAGAACCAAAACUCAAAGAUUUUGAGACAGGUUUAGGAACUCAGAAGAAGUGCACGGCCCAAAGACAAAAGACACCAGUUCUGAUAUUAGGUACAUCACUUGAUUUAAAUAAAAGAACUGAUAGUCUUGUUCCAUUAAAACUUUCAAAUUCUAGAUUUAUGCACUUGUCUUUGCCAAAGAGUUUUGAUCCAGGGAUAAGACAAGGUGAUGGACGACCAAGCCAUGGUAAAAGGAUGGAAGAGAACCAGGGACAGCACCUGACUUGUCCACAAAACGUUGAAGGAGACGCAAGAAGCAUCAAAAGCAAACAAGCUGCCAAAGAGCAAAACAUCCUUCAACUAGCUAAAACCAUUUGGGUAAAUCUGAACUUUACUUGUCUUAUUUAUAAAUUUUCAAACCCAGAUAUAAUCCACUUGUUUCCUGCCAAAAGUGUUGAAUUUAUUUCAGGGGCAGAGGCUAAGCAUCACAUUGAUGAGCAACGCAAGGAGAUCACAAAGUGUUUACAUGCCAAAAGAAAUAAAGAAGUUGUCAUCAGCAACCUCUUGAUCCUAGACGUUCCAGAAGAUAAGACACCACCCAGCAGAGUGCCAGACCAAAACAGAGGAGUAGCCUUGUCGUUCCUACUCAAAGAAGAGCCACCAUAUGUGCCAUCAAAGAUCAAACCCAUCGAAUACCAAGGUAAGGUCCUAGAAUCUCAAAAGAGGAUGAAACCUAACUUGCUCUAUCUUGGUGCAGAUUAUCCAGUUUCGAGGUCGAAACUUUUUCAAGGGAGAGGGUAUGAUGCGGUCAUCAAAUCAGUACCUGAACCAGAAGCCAACCAGUUGCACCAAACAGCUAAUCCAAAGACUCACCAGGAUAUGUGUUCAAUCAAAACGGCGUAUCUCACCAACCAGGAAGACAUUGUCCAUGAAACUAAAUUUCCUGCACUCUACGCUCAACAAGGAGUCAAUCCCAAUUGGUAUCAUCAUCAAAGAUACUCGGACAAGGAAGAUAUGAAUUUUACAAACCGGAGGUUCUCCAUCCCGUCCAUCUGCGAGUAUCCGAGUUUAGAAGUUGUUUCAAGCCCAACAAAGAAGCGUUCCGACCCAAACCAAAGCUUGGACUUCAAGAAGGAUCUCUUAGCUUUCCAACAAACCAAGAAUGGGAAGAAAAGUCCACGGAAAUAUGGAGUUAAGAUCAAUUUCUCAAAACCGGACAAACCAGUUCUGCACUUGCCUUAUUUGGAAGCUGGCCGGUUCAAUCAAUUGCAAACCAGACAUUGGCGACCAGGAGAGACAUGUAACCAUUCAGGAGACCAAUCCAAACGUCCAGGAGAGUCAGAGACGUUCUUACAAUGCACCAGCAUCCAUCAGAUUAUUCAGAAUCAAACAAGACCAUACUUGCCAUUUUUGGAGUCAAAAGCCAUCAAUUCUCAACUGCUCUUUUACCAUCAAGAUUGGCACGACUUCUAUACAUUUUUCUUCAGUAAAGAAGUUCCCAAGAAGCUCACUUACAGCCUCAAACCGUCCAGAUACAUAACCAGAAUCAAAUCCCUUGAAGAAAGUCAUUGGAACCAAAACAUUCUCCUAACGGCUAGUUUAUCGGUUUCCUUGUUUAGUUUUUGUUUCCUUUCUUUUUUUGUGACCGUUUGGUCUCUGUCUGAGGUCAUGCUCUAUAUAAGCAGACCCAUUUGUAUACUUUAGAUUCACCUUUCAAUCCUUAAGAAAUAAUAUUCAGUUUGUUUAUUUUUAUCAAAGAGAGUCUUUGAAUAGAAAUCUGUCUUUAGGAUACUUGAGUGAUUCUUGUGUUCUAUUGAUUCGUCUAGCAUAGGUUGUUUGAGUGAUUCAACAGCCAGUUUUAUUCCAGAUUGAGAGAUUCAAUCAAACCCACGGAUUGAGAGAGUCAAUCAUCUUCUAUCCAACAUCAUCUAUCCAUCUUCCAUCUUCAAACAACUAUUCAUCAAUCUUUCCAUCCCUUUAUCUUUUCAGUUUCUGUUCUUAUUUUAAUUAUUCAUAAACUCAUUGUUCUUCAUUUUUUUCCAGGUUAGAUUGGAUUAAAAGGAACAGCAAGUCGUCCAUCUUCACCAUCUUUCCAUCCGGUCUUCAUCCUUACCGAUAAGAUCAACCCAUCGCCCAUCCAUCUCAUCGACCCAGCUUCCCAGCCUGCAACAUUUGGUAUCAGAGCUUAAAGCUCCUAUAUCAGGUGAUAUCAAUCCAUAUCUAUCUUUGUUCUUUUCAUUCCUUGCUAGUUUUCAUUUAUAAAAAAAAAAAAAAACAUAAAAAUUGUUAUUUGCUUCAAGUUUGAAUUUCUGCAUUUUGUGUUCUUGAGAAAAGAAAAUUAAAAAGAGAAAGAGUUUUGUUAGUUUGAUCCACGAAAUUCCUUUAACAUAUUAGUCUAGUUUUUUGCAUUCAUUUCCCCCAGCUCCCCUUUCCAUAUUUAAUUUUGCAUACCAUAAAAUCUCACAUUUUGAAUUUUUCUCAUUUAUGUUGCAUCAUUUAAAAAAAAAAAAAAGAAAUCUCAUAUAUUGUUUCAUGCCCAUUUCGUGCAUACCAUAUAGUAGUUAUAUUGUGCAUUUAAAUAUUUAUAUAUAUAAAAAAAAACCAUUUAGUCUUUUUUGCAUUAGUUCAUUUCCUAGUCUCCUUUUUCGAUUUAUUUGCAUUAAAAAAAAAAGUUUUAUGUGUUUCCAUUAAUCUGAAAACCAAAAUAAAAACUUGUUUCUUUGCUUAUUUUAAAUAUAUUUCGUGCUGCUUCUGAUAUAUAUUAAAAAAAAAAAAAGAAGAAGGAAUUUUCCAUUCUUGUUUUCAAACUUUUCAAAAAAAAAAAAAAAUUAAUAAGUUUCCAUUUUGCUCAUUAUUCUUUCCUUUGUUUGUCUAGCCACGAAUUGAUUCUUCUUUUAUCUGUUUGUGCAAGGUAAACAUUAAGAAAAGACAGAAGAGACGCCAUGGAGUAUUACUCAGAAGAAGAAGACUCUUUUGAUUCAAGCCAAUGUUCCGAUAUCGACGAAACCGACCAAGCAUGGUCCAGUAAGGAGGAUGGCUGUGAAAGAUCGUGUUCUGCUGAUGAAUACUCUAGUUCAGAGUAUGGAGACGACCCUGGUGAAGAAAGUCCUGAACCUAAACCACCAGACCACUCUCAAGGCAACACAAGAUUUUACAAGAAAGGAGGUUGCCGAGAAAACAAAUCAUGGAGCAUUGACACUGAUUCUGAAAUCAGUAUGGGAGAGGAAGAUGAAUGUGAUCCACAUCCUACCCAGGCUUGCAAUCCUCUUAAGAAAUCACUGACGCCAGCCAGCUAUGGAGUUACUCCAUACAAAGUACCUGGCCGAUCCAAAUCCACCACAGCACAAUCAACACCAGCUGCCACAAAGAAGCAAUC